AUGCAGCUUACGACUUUCGCUUCCGGCCUCGUGGCUUUGGCCUCAGUAGCCAGUGCGACUCCCAUCAUGGGCAACAUCAGGAUGUGGUACGACCCCAACUCCGAGUGUGUCGGCAACCCCAUCCAAGCAACAGGCGGACAGUCGCUCGCCAUCCCUCCCGACUACGUCGGCCAGUGCCAUCUCAUUCCCAUGGGCAUCGACAACCAGACGUACAAGAAAUUCUCGGCCAGCGGCCUGACGCCCAUCUUCAGCUUCGAGCUGUACACGGACAGCGAGUGCAAGGAGCUCGCUACGAACGCUUCCAACGUCUGCGUUCCCGACGUGAAGUCCUAUAUCCCUCGCCGACUGGAUGGAAACUAG